GCGGCCCGUUCGUGGAACCCGGAAGUUGUAGCAUGGUGAGACGUCCUCUCGGUCUCCUCCCUGUGGAAACGAGUCGCUUCUUUCCGCUCCACAGGAAUUUGCUCUGCAGUAAUGGAUCCUAAACACAGGACGAAGGUCUACUGAAGACAGGUGUCAACAUUUCUAGGCAGGAAUGCGACUCCCCCACCGCUGAGCUCAAGAUGAGAGAGUGGUGGAUUCAUGUGGGUCUGAUCUGCAUCCCGCUGGUAGCCGUCUACCUGCACAUCCCGCCCCCACAGCUCUCACCUGCCCUGCAGAAGUGGCACAGUGCCGGGGAGGUCUUCCACUUCAGAGGCAGGAGAAUCUUCUACAGGGACUCUUAUGGUGCUUUGGGAAGCUCCGAUGUCGUCAUUCUGCUCCACGGCUUCCCCACCUCCAGCUACGACUGGAACAAGAUCUGGGAGCCACUCACACAGCGCUUCCACCGAGUCAUUGCACUGGACUUCCUGGGGUUUGGCUUCAGUGACAAGCCGCGACCACACAGGUACUCCAUCUUCGAGCAGGCCAGUGUGGUGGAGGCCCUGGUGGCCCACCUGGGUCUGAGCAACCAGCGAGUCAACCUGGUGUCCCAUGACUAUGGAGACACCGUGGCCUUAGAACUUCUCUACAGGAGUGACCAGAACCGCACAGGUCACCUGACCUUUAACAGCCUGUGUCUCUCUAAUGGAGGAGUAUUCCCAGAAACGCACUACCCACGGCUGCUGCAGAUGCUUCUGAAAGACUCCAGCUUUCUGGCUCCACUUCUGACUCGUCUCACCAACUAUGUAAUCUUCCAGAAAGGGAUCGGGGAAGUGUUCGGUCCGUACACGCAGCCCACAGACGCUGAGUUCUGGGACAUGUGGACGGGUUUACGCUACAAUGACGGCAACCUAGUUUUGGACAGUAUUCUCCAGUACAUCAACCAGAGAUUGAAACACAGGGAGCGAUGGGUGGGCGCGCUCACUUCCACCUUCGUCCCACUGCACAUGAUCUACGGACCCCUGGACCCCGUCAACCCUCAUCCACAGUUCAUCCGUCUUUACCAGCAGCUGGUCCAGAGGUCCACAGUCACCAUUCUGGACGAACACAUCAGCCACUACCCUCAGCUGGAAGAUCCCACUGGCUUCCUCAAUGCGUAUUUCAAUUUUAUUCACUCUUUCUGAGGGAAGACAUAACAUCCCCGUUUGAGAAUGAUACUAAAACUUGUUCAAGCUGAGUGUACCAAAGUGAUAAAUGACAUGUCACGUGGUGGACAAAACCUUUCCUAAUGAUUGUAACCAGGAGAAUCAAUCAAUGGGUUAAUUUACCAGCAUCAAUCUCUGAGAUGUCGAUUCCUGCCAUAGAAGACAUAAAAUGUGAAUUUAAAAAAAUGAUCAAUUAGACUUAAUACAACUGACUGACUAAUCAGAUGGUGAGUGUUAAAUUAUGAGCCCUCUGAGGAAGCAUGAUACAGUAAUUUAGUUUUGGUUGUGUGAUCAAUGGAACACUUUUGAUUCCUUCCGUUUUCUGUUUGUUGGGUCCUGAAAUCAGCUGCAUUCUGAAUGAAUUUUGAUAUGAUUUUCUACAUUUCUCUGGAUGUCAAUGAAAAAACUAAAUGUCAACUUUUCUUCAAAUAAAACUAGUUUUGUAAAAAAAAAAAAAAAAA